CGGACGGACGAGGGCAGGAGAGUUGAGGAACACAUUGUAUUGACAGAACCGUCUCUGCUGUUCCGCUUGGAGGACGUUAAAAAGUGAGACGCUCGUGUUCACCUGGAUUACGUGGAGAAGGAACUCCUGGUCGUCGAGUUGGAGGAGGCGGAUGAGUGCGGCAGCCCCGGGAGGGCGAGUGUGUCUGAAUGAGUGUGUGUGUGUUGCGGCGGGCUCCGUUUAGCGAAAGAUGAACAAAAACCACCGAGUGCCGAGCAACCGAUCUCUGAGCGCCGUGGAGGUGAAGAGCAAGUUUGGAGCAGAAUUCCGGCGCUUCUCUCUUGACCGCUCCAAACCAGGCCGCUUCGAUGAAUUCUAUGGCCUUCUGCAGCAUGUGCACCGAAUCCCCAACGUGGAGCUGCUGGUGGGCUACGCUGACAUCCAUGGAGACCUGCUGCCAAUUAACAACGAUGACAACUAUCACAAGGCCAUCACCACGGCGACACCUCUGCUCCGCCUCUUCCUGCAAAGAAAAGAGGAAGCAGAUUACUCUACAUUUGGCACCAACUCUUUGACACGCAAGAAACCUCCUCUUGCUGCAGUGCUCCUGCGUCCUGAUGCAGGCAGGAAGAAGCCAGCAGUAGUCAUCAGCCUUCCCCGCGACUUCCGUCCUGUCUCAUCCAUUAUCGAUGUGGACGUGCUACCUGAGACACACCGGCGGGUGCGCCUUUACAAACACGGCCAGGAAAAGCCGCUGGGCUUCUACAUCCGAGACGGCUCGAGUGUGCGUGUCACACCGCACGGCCUGGAGAAAGCACCAGGCAUCUUUAUCUCACGCCUGGUGCCCGGUGGCCUUGCCGAAAGCACGGGCCUGCUUGCUGUCAAUGACGAGGUGCUCGAGGUCAAUGGUAUCGAGGUGGCGGGGAAGUCACUUGACCAGGUCACAGACAUGAUGAUCGCAAACAGCCACAACCUCAUCAUUACAGUGAAACCAGCUAACCAGCGCAACAACGUGGUGCGCACCAACAACGGCGGAGCUGCAUCAGGCAGCUCGGGUCGAUCCUCCGAUAGCGGAGCCAGCUACUACAGCUACACGACCCCAGGUGCCAUGGCGACAACCCCUGCGCACAUCAUCCAGAACUUCCAUCCUGAGGAAGUGGACAGCGACGAGGACGAGGAAGACUUGGUGAUCGAGGGAGGUGGAGAUAGCAGGCUCGCACCGGGGUCAGAAGCUAGCUCCAGCAUGUCCACCUUGCCCAGGUACAAGCCUCAUCUUGACCUCCGAAAUUCCAAUGGGACCUUUCAACCUGCUGUUAUGAGCAGCACCAGUGCAGAGUCACCGAGGGGCUCCGAUAGAGGCGUGCAGACGCGGAGCCUGGAAGAGGACGGCACAGUGAUCACACUCUAGAGACAAUAGAACAUCGACGACAAACACACAGCUUAGAUUUGCACACUUAGGCAGUGAUUCAUAAACACAAUAUAUAAUUUACCAACACAAACACGGUCUCUUGUGCCAUAGGACUAACAAUAACUGUCCCUACCCUGUGAGAUUAUUGAAUCCACUCCUUAAAAAAAAAAAAAAAAAGAGCAUCUCUUAUUUUGAAAAGGUGCUUCAGAAACUCCAACACAGCACUUCUCUUUAAGCACAGAUCUUUUUUUUUUUUUUUCCUGUUGGAGGGCCCUCUACACACUUCCUUCCAUAACUGGGAGCACAAUAAUAAGUCAUGGAGUUGACUUGAUUCCGAACUUAUGGAUAAUUGCACAUGUUUGCAGGUUUUUCCUGCCUGUGGAAUUACAAACAGAGCUCUCUGAGACAUAAAAUCAGUGAUGACAAUCUGUUUUAACACCCUUUCAGGAGUCAUGUGACUGUGAUCUGAAUCACAGACAAAUUUCAAUGACUUGCGCUUCACAAAUGCCACAGUAAAUGCUCUAUGGUUAUGCUGUUAAUCUAGGAGAGGCAUAUGGAAGUCUGUGUAGCACUAGUUCAGCGAUCAUGUUUGCUUCCUGGUAUGCUUUGUCAAAUUUUUAUUGAACAUUGACUAAAUUUAAGAUGCUUUUAAACUUUGUGUACGAGCAAAUUAGCUUUUACGUACUCUGAUUGGGAGAUAUCUUCGGCCUAUAGUGGGCCAUUGCUCAUGUUUUUAGUCAUUGCCAAGGACCCCCCCCAAAAAAUAAUCAUAUUUUUGUAGCAGAUAUUUAAAUUUUUUUUUUUAAACCCUUUGUUUUUGACAAGGCUGUCUCCCUGCCCGGUGGCAUCUGAUGUAUGCGAUAUGAAUUUUUAAAAUUUUUUAAUUAAUGAUGUAAACACUAGAACCUGACACCAAUUGUCGAUCUUCAUCGCAGAUAACGACCACGUCCGCUGAUUUUUACCGUGCACUCUGAAGUGAAGUCUUUCAUGUAUGAGGAGUGUGUUUCUGCCUCUCGGAAUAAUACAAAAUCCGGGACAUUAGAUAUUACAUGAUUUUAAACCAUCACCACCAAACAGUGGUGUGUAGAUACAGGAUGCAGAAGGAGCACAUUUGUAACAACCUUUUUUUCCAGGUGACACGCCGUGACUUUGAACUCUGACCCGCAGUAGAUCACCAUCGAGCCUUUCUGUAGUUCUAACUGAAGCACCAUUUGAUAUGAACACAGGUAGUGGUUUGUAAGCCUGUGUGAUGUGGGCAUUGGCUUCAUUGUUCUUAUCUAAUAGUGAUAUGCCCCACAAAGGCACCUUCUAUCAUGAAAAAACGCACCUGUACUUGUUUUCCAUCCCUGACUCACCUUCCCAAAUGUUGCACUGCUUGAUAGGCAAGAGUUUCCUUCCAUCUCAAUGGACAGUAACGAUGGAGUACGUUUCUUUUUAAUGCUUCUGACACUCUGUUUGGCUUAUGUAUAAACGAGACUACAUCAGAAGGAAACAGUUAACCUACGACUCCGAUACAUUGCUUCAAGGUAACAUUUAUUAUUGCUCAUACAUUUACAUUAAAUCUGUAUGGACAGUCCUUUUGUAAGCUUAAUGGCAAUAUAACAAAAACACUAGAUCUUUUAAUGAAUGGAUGUAUUGACUAUACAUCUUGAAUGUGAUGAAUCUUUGAUAGGCUGCUGUGCCUCAUCUACUCUUAGCCAGUGUUCUUGGAUCUUUAUCCAUAGUGUAGUACAUGUAGCUUUAUCCUUUUUUCUUGUACUCUGAUGAGAAUCAAAAACACUGGAUGACUGUGACCAGAACACAUUCCUAUCCACUUUCUACCCCUCAUACAUACACUUUAGUAAACUCACCAUUACAAAGUGUUUUUUUUUUUUUUUAAUGGUACAUGUACUGUAGUAUGACAAGGUUGUCCUCUUAUCCUACAAUUCCAACUGUUCUUCAUUAAAACAGGAUCAGAUUGUGUUUUAGGAAGCAUUGUUAAUUUAUUUUUGCUAACCACUAUACUACACUUGGGAUUGCAACCACAGUGACUGUAUUUAUUUCCUAAUAAUCUCCUACAUAUUUGUUUCCUCUUUUUUUUUUUUUUUUUGUGUUAAGCUUACAUGUAUCUAUUUUUUUUCCCUUCAUAGAGUAUCAUCUCCAUAAAAUGAGUUUGGGGUCACUUUUUUUUGUUUAAGUAGACUUAAAUUUGUUAUGGAGCAUAAAUUGAAGAUAAAAUGCCGUUUUCCAUGCUGUGAAUUUUCUUACAUUUCUGGAGGAAACCUGAAUGAAUCUGAGACCACCUACUAAUGGGCUUUUUUUUUUUUGUGCAUGUCAACUCCUUUUGUUUCUUUUUGAUAAUGAGCAAUGAUUAUUUUGCUUGCUAGAUAAAUCCUAAGGUUUAGAUUUGUACUGAAAUGACCAGUAUUUUCAUAAUGCUAUAUACUGUAAAUUUGUAUCACAUUAAUUCAACUGUUUUUAAAAGGAUAAAGACUAUGUUAAGUCAUAGGUGCACAUGUAUACAUUAGUCUAUAAGCUGGAUGAAAUAAACUAAUGUGUAG